AUGAGCAAUGCGCCCCGCAAACGCAGACUGCCUGCAUCGCUGCGGGUCGCAGUUGUCGGUGGGACUUCCCGUGCUGGGCUUCCCCUUGCUCUCGUCCUGGCAGAUCGAGGGCACCGUGUGGUAUUAGUGGAUGAUGACGUGCAAAUUAAGGGGCUCAAGAAGGGGCAGCUUCCAUUCCUUGAAGCUGGUGGACCGGAAAUGCUAGCACGAUGUUUGGGACAUUCUGGACAUUCUGACAGCCUGGAGCUGACCUCGAAUUUGUCCUCCAUCCGGGGCUGUGCCGUGGUGAUUCUGACGGCUGGCACGCCCGUCGAUGAGCGGCUCACUCCGGAUUCUACCUUGGUUGACAAUGCAGUCCAGGCCAUCAAGCCGUUCCUUCAAGGAGGGGAGACGGUCAUGCUUCGCUCAUCGGUGUUCCCCGGUACGUCAGACCGGGUUCAGCAUGACGUCGGGUCUCUGCCAGAUGUUGGAGUGAGCUUUUGCCCGGAACGGCUUGCAACAAGUCAAGCGAUUCAAGAACUCACCCAGGUCCCUCAGAUCAUAUCUGCAUCGUCAGCCCAAGCCAUGGAUCAUGUGAGAGCGCUCUUUGCUCCGCUUGGGGUGGAUUUGGUAGAACUCUCAUUGCUGGAGGCUGAGGUUGCGACACUCUUUCUGAAUGCUUGGCGAUAUGUUGGCUUCGGCACUGCCAAUCAGUUCUACCAAAUAGCUGUUUCGAAAGGCUUGGACUUUGAUAAGAUUCGAUCGGCCAUUAUGCAUCGAUACGAACGUGCAGCGGGUUUUCCAGGUUCUGGCUUCACUGCCGGUCCACAUCUCUUUCAAGACACAAUGCAGUUGGCAGCCUACAGCAGGCAUACGUUUUCUUUGGGCCAUGCUGCAGUGUUGGUGAACGAGACAAUGCCCGAUAGUCUGGUGGAGCAGGCUCGACGGCACUUGCUGACUCAAGGCCGAACUUUGGAGGGGCUGAAAUGUGGCAUUCUAGGAAUGGCGUUUAAGCCGGACACGGACAUUUGCUCGAAGUCCCUCGCCCUAAAAUUGAAGCUUCUGCUUCAGAGGGAGGGCGCAAACGUGCUUUGCUCUGAUGCGAACGUGCCUCCCGAAGCUGGUCUCGGAGAAACCAUCAGCGAAGAGGAGCUCUUGCAGUCAAGCGAAGCAGUUUUCAUCGGAUGCCCGCAUUCACGAUACCGCAGCCUUCCGCUCCACAGCCAUCCCUUAGUCUUCGAUUGUUGGGGCUUCACCUGCCCACCCAAGCUCGCAAUUCAGUCCACCAAGCAAGCGCAAGGCGAAGCGCAAGGCGAAGCGCAAGGCGAAGCGCAAGGCGAAGCUGCGAGGCCCUUGAAUUCGAAGACCUUGAAGGUUGCGGUGGUUGGGGGCGCCGGGCAUGUCGGACUUCCGCUCUCGCUGGCCCUCGUGAAAUGCGGGCACUCGGUGACGGUGGUGGACAAAGACUCGGAGAAGUUGGUAUCGAUCAAAGCCGGCAAGUUCCCCUUCCUUGAGGCUGGCGGUGCUGCUCUACUGCAGCACUGUCUGGACAAGCAUUCCGACAGAUUGCAAUUUUCGACAUCAGUGGCUGGAAUAAGUGAUUGUGAUGUCGUUGUUGUUACCAUUGGAACGCCAGUUGAUGAGCACUUGAACCCUUGUUUCCCCGUGAUACAGGAUUGCGUCAAUGAGCUGAAGCCUUUUUUGCGCGAUGGGCAGACACUGCUUCUGCGCUCGACCGUCUUUCCUGGAACUUCGUCUCGGGUCUUAGCAGACUUGAGAAAGAUGGGAUCUCGAAGUCAAGCGCUCGAUGUAGGUGUCAGCUUCUGCCCAGAGAGGAUUGCACAGGGCAAAGCCAUUGAAGAAUUAAUGGAUCUGCCACAGAUUGUGUCAGGGUCAGAGGCACGAGCGCUUGACCACGCAAAGGCCCUGUUUGGACCACUGGGCGUUGACUUGAUAACGCUUCAGCUGCAGGAGGCCGAGGCAGCCAAGCUCUUCUUGAACGCAUGGCGGUACGUAGCCUUCGGAACAGCAAACCAGUUUUAUCACAUUGCCAGUUCCAAAGGCUUAGAUUUCGAGAAGCUUCGAGCUGCUAUCGUGCACCGCUACCCUCGCGGCAAGGAUUUCCCGCGCUCAGGUUUCACAGCUGGCCCCUGUCUGUUCAAGGAUACCAUGCAGUUGGCGGCCUAUUGUCGGCACACCUUCUCACUGGGUCAUUCAGCAAUGUUGGUCAACGAGACAAUGCCAGAUUGUGUUGUUGAGCAUGCCAGGCGUGAUCUCAGUCAAUGCAAGCCAGUCAAGCGCAGUUUGCAGGCGGCAAAAUGCGGAAUUCUUGGUAUGGCAUUUAAGCCGGACAAUGAUGACUCAAGGGAGUCCUUGGCCUUCAAGCUUCGUCGACUUCUGGUCUGGGAAGGAGCGCAGGUUCUCUGCACUGAUGUUCACUUGGCGCGUGAAGACUUUGCCACCCUCCAUGACGUUCUUGAGUGUGAGCUUCUCUUCAUGGGCUGCCCGCAUUCUGAGUACAGGGACAUUGUGCUUCGCGAAGGUCAAAGGAUGUAUGAUUGCUGGGGCUUCUUCGCAAGGACUUUUGCUGCCAGUACGGGUGGUCUGUUUGGCAAUGCUUCAGGCAGCCUGUUUUCUAGCGGCGGCCUGUUUGGAAACUCUGGCAAUUCCAGUAGCUCUGGCAGUGGCCUCUUCUCGGGAACUGGUGGGGGUGGCAGCUUGUUUGCGGGGCUCCCCGAGAGCUCCAGCGGCGGAAUUUUCAGCAACACCAGCACAGCGACCACAGGCAUCUUCAGCUCGGCCGCGUCAGGAAGCCUCUUCAGUGCAGCAUCGGGAGGCAUUCUUGGAGCAACGACGACUACAGCAGCAACCGAACAUGCUCCAUCGCCAUCACCGGGGCUGUGGGCAGGGGCAACAGCCAACGGGGCCCAGGAUGAUGAGCAGCUCAAUGACCAGUAUGUACUGGAGGAAGAAGUCACACAGAUUCCUGGUUGGGCUCCUUCGGUGACCCUGGAAGUCAAGGAUUACGUCGAAACAGGUGAAGAAGAAGAGGAGGAGAUGUACAGCCAACGCUCAAAGCUCCUCCGGUUCGUCGACAAUGAGUGGAAGGAACGGGGAACAGGCGAUGCCAAGAUUCUCAGGCACAGAGUCACAGGAAAAUGUCGCUUCCUGAUGCGGCAAGAGAAGACUUCCAAGAUUGUCGCGAACCACUUCAUCAUCGAACAAAAGCCAUAUUGCGACUUGGUGCACAAUGCAGGCAACGCCAAGAUCUGGGUGUGGACUGCAUUGGACUGGGCAGAUGACGAGCAAAAGGUGGAAAAGUUUGCUCUCCGCUUCAAGACGGAAGAAUUGGCUGAGGAGUUUGAGGAGGCCUUCAAUGCAGCCAGGGGUGGCGAAAUGGUUGGAGAUGCCGGGGACGCGCACGAUGAUGACGACUGGGAGAAGGCCUGGACACCUGCUGUGCUCUUAGAACCUGCCAGAAACGUGGUAGGUGCUUCUCACAUUCAGUGCUCAGCUUUGAGCGGCGACUGCUGCCCUACGGCAACUGGCAAGUUCCUGGAAUGCUGCAAUCAGGUCGGGCAAGACUUGCCACCGAUGCCUCCACCGCUUGCAGACGAGACCGGAUCCAUGAAGCCUGCGUGCAGGGCAUACUUGCAGGCGAAGGGUUUGACAUCUCCAGAAGAUCUGGCAAGCAGGCUUCAACGGUGUCAAGGUGAAGCCUCGAGGACUUAUGCUCCACGGCCUGAACCAGACAUUCCCAAUGCUACGGACACGACCAAUUUGCAGUGUCAGUAUACAUCCGCCUUGAAUGCGCACUCAAGUUGUUGUGGUUGGAGGCCACAUUUCAAUUGGGUGGUGGGUACCUGUGAAAGGAACCCUCGGAUUCCCAAUGCUUCCUUUUGUGACGGUGUUCCGGAAUGUGCUCGGGAGCCCAAGAUCAACUAUGCCGCCGCAUACCAAUUCAAUGGCACCCAUUUUGUUCUGCAGGAUGCAUCCACAGCUGGAGAUGUUUCAGAUGCAGGAGUUUCAGGAUCCUAUGAUUCGAGGAAAGGGUGGGAAUCCACGAAAGCUCGUUUCCGCUGGGAAGGUGGCGAAGGUGAUUGGCCAACCAAAUACGCUCCGUGGGGACUUGGCGAAAGUGGACCCCGUGGCAUCACUCCGCCCGCUGCAUUGUGGGUGUUGAGUGUUGACAGCUUUUACUAUGGUACUUUGUAUAUGCUUUCGCAGCUGACCCUGAACACGCAAGGUGUUGGUGAGCAUGCCAAUUGCUGGGAAUGGGAGUUCGAUGCAAUCGAGGGGCUCAUUGGAACAGUGCCAAAGGGUCACUCACUGCCGGGCAACAUCAACCAGCUAUAUGUCACUGCCACCUCCCAGGUCAGCGGCUGCAUGCCGAUGCCAGGAACGGCUGCACAGGGAAAUGGCCAAAAAAGGCACUUUUCCCAACCACAGAAUUUUCAAAGGUUUUGCGAAAGCAACCCGACGGCAGUGGGCUGCCAGCCUUGGACUGUUGAGGGUGCAGACAUUUGGCAUGGCGGUGGGUAUCGGAGCACGGACCGCUUUGAGAAUUCCGAGAAUACCCCUUAUGUGUUCGCUGUGGUUCUUGACCGUCAAGGCUGUUGGGUAUAUCGCUGGCGACCCGACGACAGCUCUGGUGAAACUGGCUGGCCAGGCAUUUCUCGGACCAGUGCCAAGCGAGUGCUUCCGAAACGGCCUCAUAGGAUUUCCGAGCCGAAUGGGCUGCAGACGAACGUCAAGUCCAGUACUCGCGAAGCUGUCAUUCUCAUCCCCAGCCUGCCGCCGGAGGCCUCUUGCAUGCGAUCCCUGCCAGAACAAGUUGAUUGGCGCUGGGGUGCCGCGGCGCUUGGAGCCAUGGCCUAUGAAGCAGACGACUACAAGUUGGGCGACAAGCUGCAAGGAGCACAGAAUUGGUGGGCUCAUUUCGCAGAUACUGGACAACUACAAGAUUAUCCACUUUCCAUAGCUGGAACCCCUGCUUCGGACGCUUCUGCCACAGGUGGUUCACAAGCUUGUGAUCAACGCGAGAAGUUCGGCAAGACAUGCAAUUGCAUAGCUGGCUCGCGAGAAGUGGCUUUUGUUUCAGAAGCGCAUGCUGCAGCGCCGGCUUCAGAGGUGGGGCUGAUGAUCCAGAAUCUACUGCAAGGCCGACAAGCAGAAAGCCCACCGGCACACUAG